UGCGUUGGAGGAAACGUUCUUUGCAGGCAGAGAAAGCGGCGAACGCAAGAAGACACAAAUUGAAUGUAGAUAUGUCACCAGAAGAAGGCGGCCCCGAAGAGGUGCUAAGAUCUACGCACAAAGACGACGACGGCAGCGCUUCCUCAUCUAGAGAACAGCCAGAAGGUUCGGUCAGCUUUACGGAAGAAGACAGCUGGCAAAGAAUCAGUGAGUGGAUGAGAGAAUUGGAAGCUGACGAUCUCAAGAUGGUGUCGCUACUUCUCUUUCAGUUCCAUCGUAGGGAGACGUCAGCAAACGUAAAACAGUCCGCAGAAGCUGUUGCCAGAGUGGUGUCACGAGAUGAGAAGACGAUUCGACGUUGGCGGAUGGAUUUUGUGGAAAAUGCAGGCGAGUUUUCAGAAGAUGGACGAGGUAGAGAUUCAAGGAUUAGUGUAACGUAUGACGAGGAGUGCAAGAGGAAGGCUAUGAAGUGGGCUAGAGAGCAUUCGUGUGUUAGAGGGCAACCAAACAUGACAUUGAGUGAUUUUUGUCACUAUGUCAACUCUAAUCUUCUUCUCAACUCUUCUCUGCCAGCUGGGUUUCCACGGAAAAUUAGUUUGUCUACUGCAAGGAGGUUUUUGAUGGAAUUAGGUUUUAGCAGGGUUGAUUCAAGUAGGAAGGGGCUCUAUAUAGAUGGCCAUGAAAGGGAAGAUGUAGUUAAUGAGCGAAACUUAUUUUUGCAGUCAUUGCAUGACUUGGAGUCUACUCACCGUCCUCCUCCCCUACCAAAUGAUGUUCAAGCUGGUGUUGAACAACCAGUUGCAACUGGCAACUCAUCGGCCACCAAAAUAUUAGUUACCAUUUUUCACGAUGAGUCCAGCUUUCAGUCGAAUGAGGAUCAGAGAUUUGUGUGGAGCCAACCCGAUCAGGUUGCUAUCAAACCAAAAUCUAGAGGGUCAGGGAGGAUGGUGAGUGAUUUCAUAGAGGAGUAUUCUGGGUAUCUUAGGCUCUCUCCAGAAGAUUUUGAAUUAGCUAAGGUCGCCUGUCCAACAAUUAGGCAAGAAGCUAGGGAAAUAAUUGAAUAUGGGGAAAACAGAGAUGGAUACUGGACCCAUGAUAAAUUUAUUGGUCAGGUCAAACAGGCAGCAAUGAUAGCAGAGUUCAAAUAUCCUAAAGAUAUGUACACCAUUCUGUGGAUUUUUGAUCAGAGUUCAAACCACAAGGCAAAGGCAAAGGAUGCUUUAAUUGCGAGUCGGAUGAAUGUUGGGCCCGGUGGAGCACAACCAAAAAUGAGAGAUACUUUGUACAAUGGAAGACUUCAAAAGCUUGUUGAUGAUGCUGGGGAACCAAAAGGACUUCGUCAGGUGUUAGUUGAGAGAGGAGUUGAUGUACAAAAUCUGAAACGAGAAGAUAUGGUUUUUGUCUUGUCAAAACAUGAAGAUUUUUUAAAUGAGAAGUCAGUUGUUGAGUCUUAUCUCAUGUCAUUAGGUCAUCACUGUCUAUUUUUACCGAAAUAUCAUUGUGAGUUAAAUCCCAUUGAGAGAGUCUGGGGGCAUGCAAAGAAAUAUACAAGGGCUUACUGCAAUUACUCUAUUACCGGUUUGCGAAUUCUAUGAUUCCUGCUUUGGAAACUGUUGAUGUUGAACUUAUCAGAAGAUUUUUUAGAAAGGCUAGGGACUAUUUACAAGCUUACAGGGAUGGACAAGUGACUGGACAUAAUGUGGAAGAGGCCGUAAAAGUGUACAAGUCCCACAGAAGAGUAUUGCAGAACAAAUAGUUACAUAAAUAUUUAGUGCAUGAAUGAAGUUUGUAGCUUUUCUGUGGUUUUGCUGAUUGUGAAUGGUGUCGUCUGAGUUUUCAUGCAGGUUUGAAUUUUUGUGCAGGUUUGACUCUUUCUAUCUAAGCAAUGGAAAGGAAAAUAGAAAUUUUGGUUUACAGAA